AGAACAUGAAUAGUGGCGGCCAUCAAUAUAUAUGCAUUCAUCAUCUCCAACUCUCAGAUCACUUUCCAUCUUUCCUCUCUGAAACAACGAUAGAAUGAAGAUUCCCCAACCCAUUCCACUCUUAUCUCUGAUUCUAAUUCUACACUUCAAUGUCUCGUCGCCAAUGUCCACCAUCACUGCAAUGUCCAAAGAUCAGAUAGAUUGCACGUUUUGCUCCGCCUGCGAUAAUCCAUGCCAACCAAUACCGUCGCCGCCUCCACCAUCUCCUCCCCCGCCAGCAUCGGACUCCAACUGCCCGCCGCCGCCAUCUCCUCCGCCACCGCCCUCGUCGGAUUCUAACUGUCCACCACCGCCGAGUUCCGGCAAUGACUACAACUCGCCUUCCCCACCACUGCCGCCGUCAGUUCCCACAUUUCAAUAUUACUCGCCACCGCCACCAGUGGGUGGCGGUGGCGGUGCCUUUUAUCCACCGCCGAACUACUACAACUAUCCCACUCAGCCACCCCCAAACCCAAUACUUCCCUAUUUCCCAUAUUACUAUUACAAUCCUCCGCAGCCUUCUUCGGUAUCCACAUUGAAAAACCACCCAAUUAUUCCAUGCGUUCUUCUUUUUCUUACAUUCCUCUUUUUUAUCUAAAGAAAGAGAGAGAGAAAAAAAAAAAAAUAGAAAUAAUACAGAUUCUCAUGAAUAACAUUGCCAUUGAUGCUGUGUCUUUAGGGGUACUUGCCUGGUUCUUAUCGAAGCCAACCCAAAGGAGAAAGAAGCAUUUGUUCGAGAAUAAGGAAAGCUAGCGUGAUUAAUUGAAGAAUUCGCGUCUCACCUAUACUCCACUUUUAAUUAUGUAAUACUAAUCAGGUAAUUUUUUUGUUUCAGUUGCUUGAAAAAUAAAGUACUGAUCUAUUAGUGAUUUUUGUAAAACUGUAUGUUUUUAUAUUGCAUGUAAUUGUUGUUGGUAGAUUCAUUUUUGUUGUUGUAAUUAGUUGAACUAAGUAGUGGAGUAAAAUAGUAGUAUUUGAAUAAUUUUCAAUUUAAUGGCUUGAAUGAAUUUGCAUGUAUUAAUUACAAGUACU